AUGUCUCUGGAGGAGCUUGAAAUGAUGGAUCAAAGUAAUCCCGAAGAGUUUCUUGAAAAGGUGCGGGAGAAGAUCCGGAUGCUGAAUUCGGAGACUAGGAUUCUUCAGAGCCGGGUGAAUACUAUUAAGCAUGAUAUUUCGACAAAGAAUGCGUCGAUUGCAGAAAACAUGGAAAGAAUAAGACUCAACAAGCAGCUUCCAUACCUUGUUGGGAACGUUGUGGAGGUUCUUGAUAAUCAAAGUGCUGUUGUCAAUGCAUCUACAAGGAUGUCUUCAUAUCUUCCUAUUACAGGACUUAUUCCCAAUUCCGAACUUCGCCCUGGAGAUCUUGUAGCUUUACAUAAGGACACAAACAUAGUAUUUGAGAAGCUUCCACCCGACUAUGACAUGAAGGUCGGGGGAAUGGUUUUGAAGUCUGAUGCAAAGCCCGACGAAACCUACGAGGACAUUGGAGGGCUAGAAAGACAGAUAGAGGAGCUAAAUGAGGCAAUAGUUCUUUCCCUCACACAUCCAGAAAGAUUUGAAAAGCUGAACAUAAAGCCUCCUAAGGGGGUCUUGAUGUACGGUCCUCCUGGUACGGGGAAAACACUGAUGGCACGAGCAUGCGCAAGCAAAACGAAUGCAACAUUUUUGAAGCUCGCAGGCCCUCAGCUUGUACAAAUGUAUAUUGGAGAUGGAGCAAGGCUUGUCAGGGAUGCAUUUGCUCUUGCAAAGGAGAAAAAGCCAACAAUUAUCUUCAUAGAUGAAAUUGACGCGAUAGGAGCCAAGAGAUCUGACUCUGAUCAGACUGGAGACAGAGAGGUUCAGAGAACCAUGUUGGAGCUUCUCAACCAGCUUGACGGUUUUUCCUCCACCGAGGAGGUAAAGAUCAUUGCUGCAACCAAUAGGGUGGAUAUCUUAGAUCCGGCAUUGUUAAGAAGCGGAAGACUUGAUAGAAAGAUUGAAUUUCCCCUUCCAAAUGCACUAGGAAGAAAAAGGAUUCUCCAGAUCCAUGCAAGAAAUAUGAGUGUCAGAGACGAUGUCAACUUUGAUGAGCUUGCAAGAAGUACCGAGGGAUUUAACGGGGCACAAUGCAAAGCAGUCUGUGUGGAGGCAGGAAUGGCAGCUCUUAGAAGGGAAAAGACCGAAAUCUCCCAAAAUGACUUCAUGGAUGGAAUACAGGAGGUUCUCAGUAGAAAAAAGUCGAAGCUUCUAUACUUUACAUGA